GUUUGCGCGGAAAUAUUUCCUCUUCGUAAUACGCGGAACCUUUGCUGUGGAAAAGUUCGUCGUUCACCACGCUCCACCUCCAUCUCCGCCAUUUCACAGAUGAUAGUUUCCACGCAAUACUAGGACAAAAUUACCGUUCCAUCACCUUCUUGUAAACGGUGGAAGCACACAAUUCAAACAUUUUAAAACGUGUGCCUUCAAUUCAUCUGGUGUACUGAUUUGGAAAAAAGAGUGUUCAACUAUUUUUCAAUAGAAAUUGCUGCCCAAGGACCUAGCCCCUACGUUUACUGCCACUCACAAAUGGAGAAGGUGCCUUUCUGAGUCCACAGUGCUCCAGGGUGUGUUAAGCAGUGUUGGUAGCAGAACCGUUACACAGAAAGUUCCAAACACAAUAACCAUUAAAAACAUUUUUUUACUGGAGUUAUAGUAUACAACAUAUCUAGUCGCCAGCACAACAACAGGAAGCACGGUUAUCAAAGUGCCUCGUAGGCUCAGACUAACAUAUGGCAAACAAAAUGCAGAGGUAUGAAGCCCACAUGCGACUGUUUGAACCAGAAGCCAAUUUGCCAGUUCUGACUGAAGUUCCAGUAUGGCCGAAAGCUGGUUUCCAGUAUAUUUAUAAAUGGGACAGUACAACUAAACGUAAAGAUUGGCGAAUUGAUGGCUAUCGAUGGCGACAGAACGCCACUGUCAAAUUCACGCACGGCGAAGCCAAAUGUAAACGUUAUUACUUCAAGUUGAAAAUCGGACCUGGCAACGACUAUACCAAUGAUUUUUCGAAACACGCGAUUGAGUGUUCCCAGUACGAAAAACAGCUUUUGAUAUGGUAUCAAGGUGACGAUUCAGCUGUUGUUGCUUUUUCACAUGGGAACGCCAAAAAUACCGAAAAAGCAUCCCGACGUUCAACGCCGUCCAUCUUAAGCCAAGUGAAGAUUGACAAGGAAAAGUUACCUCUGGAAGUGUAUUCUGAACUGGCACAUCAACCUGACGGUGACGCAAUGGAGGUCUCAUUAAACAUUCAGCAAAUCCAUAAUGCUCAAAAAUCUGACCGAAAAAUCGAACGUUUGUCAUUGGAUACCCUAUGCAACCUGAAUGACCUACGCACCGAAACCCAUUUUGUUAGCGACAUCCAUCUAGCACCAAGCCUUCUAGUCAUUUGUUUCAAAACAAAUACAAUCGACGAAUUCAAGCAUCUCUUCCAUCGAGAAGAUUUGUUUACACCAUCUUUGUCAUACGAUAGUAGCACGUUUCAAAUGGACGAGUACUAUUUGUCUAUCUUAACAUACCGCCAAACAGAAUUCGAAGACCUUCCAGUGACGCCACUUAUGUAUAUGAUCCACGAGGAAAAGGUGGAAAAGGCGCAUAAUUUUUUCUUUAUGCGACUGAACGAACUCAUCCCUGAGCUCAAAGCAGUCGAAACAAUGAUUGUGGCCACGGAAAACGAUGAGGCCAUCGUCAAUGCCAUGCAAAAGUAUAUCCCGCACGUGACAAUGUUCCGUAACUGGCAGCAUGCCCUUCAAGAUAUCAACAAGAAUCUUCAGAAUUUGGAAAUCACAGACUGUAACGAAGUCAAAGAGUACGAAACUGACUUUAUACGCCUCCUUGAUCAAGAGUCUUGUGGCGAUUAUAAGUCAAUUCUUGCUCAAAUGUAUUUGAAGAAAUGGAAAAGGUUACAUAUUCCUGAAGAAGGCAUAUCUGCACUGUCAACUGAAUUGCUGAACUCCUUUGAAAAAUCUAACCAAGAGCAUAAUGCUGUGAAACCUUGUAAGUUAGAGGAUAACACAGAUUCUAGCACAAAAGAUAUCUGUGUUGGUUCAGUGGUAGCUCAGCAUUACAACCAACUAUCAGAAAGAGGUGUGGCUGAGCGCAAAGAAAGUAGAAUCUUUCAUAUGAGAAAUUUAAAUAAUUGGAUCAAAAGCAGAAUCAUUGGAAACAUAUUAGACCGAAUUAGAAAAGAAAAUGGCCACCAUUGCCGACUAAAUGUUCUAGAUCUAGGGUGUGGAAAAGGUGGUGAUCUCUUAAAAUGGGAGAGAGGACAUGUUCAUCAUGUUGUAUGUGCAGACAUUGCUGAGACUUCAAUUGAGCAGUGUAAAGAACGUUACGCUAAGCUAAAACAUAGAUCUCGCAAUGUAUUUACAGCGGAAUUCAUUGCCGCCGAUUGUUCCAAGGAGAAUAUCAUAGAAAGAAUGGAAAACCGCGAACUGAAACUGGAUCUAGUCAGCUGCCAGUUUGCGUUUCAUUACUCAUUUGAGUCUUUGCCACAAGCUGAACAGAUGCUGGCAAAUGUUUCAUGCAAUCUUCAACCUGGUGGCUACUUUAUAGGAACAACGACAGAUGCUUAUGACAUCAUGCGACGACUCGGGCGCGAUGAUAACCCUGAAAACAGGAAGUUCGGCAACUCCAUUUUUAGUGUCGAAUUUCCAGACGAGACGCUUUUAGAUCCCCCUCCUCUCUUUGGCGCUAAAUAUAACUUCCAUUUAGAAGAAGUUGUCGAUUGUCCGGAAUUUCUUGUUCAUUUCCCAACAUUUGAGAAAUUGGCCUCGAAGUACGGCCUCACUCUUGUACAGAAGACUAGAUUCGAAGAUUUUGUUCCUCAGGAAUUAGAUCACGGGAAAGAUUUGCUCAUGAGAAUGAAGGCUUUAGAAGCGUAUCCUCCGUUCGCUAAUCAAGAACCGGUCAGUCAAGAUCAUUCUGAUUAUCUUCAUGCACAAGAAUAUCUGGACUCGUGCUCUAAUGUAGAAGGAUUCCGUCCCAAAAUCGGAACGCUCUCGAAGGCUGAAUGGGAAGCUGUUUCGCUUUACCUGGUUUACAUUUUCCGAAAAGAGGAUCUCAAUAAAGACAGAAAACGGAGGCAUUCCUCCUCUUCUAAUGAAGAAGACAGUUCGGGUGAUAAGGGGAAAAGACAUUUAUUAAACUGAAACCUCUCCACACAAUAUGCAUCUCAUAAUUAUUAUUAAAAAUUGCGACUGCACCGUUACGUUGGCUUGCGAUAUUUGCAUUGUAUCCAUACACGGUACAUAGUCAA